AUGCUAAGAACAACCCUCUUCGGCCCGACAACCCCCUUACGGCGAGCGACUGCGCGCGGUUUUGCGAAUACUAAGUUCAGCUCGCGAUUAACCAAUGGAAUCCAGCCAGUGAUGCGCUCUUCACUGCUGUCUAAACAACAAACUUUGGUGAAGCAGCAAGUGCGAAACCAAUACUAUUAUCGCUCUAGCAUUCGACGCGAAAGCCGCGCCGUGUCAGGCGACGUGGUUGUGAUCGGUCUUAUCUCUGUGAAUGUUGCUGUCACUAUUGCCUGGAUGCGAGCACAUGUACCUGCACCAAUACACCGCGCGCAGCAGCUACGUAGCUUUCAGCCGUCCAUGAGGACGAUGCUGACGCACUUUACGACGUCUACACAACAUCUACAGGAUGGACGAUACUAUACGUUACUAACCGCCAUGUUUAGCCAAGCAACACUGGGUCAUUUGGGCGCAAAUAUGCUAGGAUUGUACUUCUUCGGGCGGCAAAUAUGUGACGUUUUGGGUCACAGGAAGUUUCUUGGACUAUAUCUUGCAAGCGGCGUGCUUUCAUCCGCUGCAGCGGUAUACCAGCAGCAUCUAUCGGGACGACUAACCUAUAAUUUGGGUGCAAGUGGUGCUGUGAACGCAAUUACGGCAAUGAGCAUCCUGCUCUUCCCGCACGGCACACUCCUGAUCUUUGGUAUUGUGCCAAUGCCAGCGUGGCUCGGCGGUUCGCUUUUUAUCUUCAAGGACGCAUACUCAUUUUUGACAGACAGACAGGAUGGCAUUGGACAUGUGGCCCAUUUAAGUGGUGCGGCCAUUGGUGGGGCGUAUUACUAUUAUUUGCGUCGCCAAAGAUUUCGACGCUUCUAG